AUGACCGGAGUUUGCCGAUCCUCCCCGGCCAUCUCACCAAAACCAACAACAUCAACAACACAAAAGUGUAUGGCAGAACGAGAAGAAAGCAGUCCUGCCCUAGAGGCACAAGGCUCGGAUGAAGGGCCUCCCUCUAAAAGACAGCGAGGCUUUAUUGCCAGACAGGCUUGUGAAUAUUGUCGCCAGAAAAAGACAAGAUGCGACGAAGACGUUCCUUGUGGGUUGUGCAAGUCUUUGGGUCUUCAAUGCAAGUUCACUCAGCGAAAGGCAACCAGAAAUGAAGCGUCCCUCGGCAUGAUUGUCAACAUCCUCCGUCGCAUUGAGGGCAAAAUCGACGACGAAAAGACAAACGACAUCAACCCCGUGGACAAUAGAAUCCACUCCACCGUUCUCCGCCCUUUCAACCCACGAUCGCCUGCAAACUCAAGCGAAGUCCUCGGCGUGCCAUCAUUUCCCCAGCGCCGUGAUAACAUCGUUGAAUCACCAUCUGCACCCAGUGAUCCAAAGCCAGCCAUCUCUUUCAGUGCUCACCAAAUGCUCUUCUGGCCGGCGAUACAGGCUGCGCUUCCUGAAUCUGUCAAGUUGAUGUGUCAGAUGAAUGGCUCUGUGUACUCUACGCGACUGGAGGCUGCGAGGCCGAAACUGCCGCAUGCGUCGUCGGUAGAUAUGUCCUCUGAUUGGCUUUCGAAACUGAGUAUUGCAACUCUCAAGCAACUGUCUGAUGUGUACUUCACGACGUUCAAUCUUGCGAAUCCAAUCUUGGAUCAAAAGACUUACUUCCAACGAACGCUGGGUGUGGCCAUUGAUGGGAAUUUUGGGAUAUGCAUCGAAACCUGUAUCGUUCUUGUGGUGAUGGCUCUAGGUUCGAUGGGGCACAAAGCAUUACAAGAAGCUGGGUUUGUCUCAACGCCUGCGUCUAGUCCCCAUACCCCAUUCGGCAGUGGCCAUGAGGGAGAGAUGCCAGGUCUGGACUUCUUCAACGAAGCGAGGAAGAGGUUUGGAUUUCUCAUGUGUGAGCAGGAUCUGCAAGCAUGUCAGUUUUAUCUUCUGUCAGGACUGUUCUAUGCUGAGGCCCUUCGACCUGUCGACUGGUGGGCAAUGCUCAGCAAAGCGAGCGCAUGCAGCGCCUACUUUUGGAACAACGCCUCCAGAGACCGUGACGAAUGGAUGCUCGAUAUGCAAUCUCGGCUCUUCUGGAUCACAAGCAUGUUUGAAGCAGUCUUGUCACAAGAGCUCAAUCUCCCACCGCCGAGUAACUCACUACAACUUGAAGAACUCAUCGCUCUACCCAAGUUUAUAUCCGCUCAGGAUAUAGCUUCUUUCGGAUCUUUUCGGUAUCCGGGCGAUGAUCCAUUCUUCCAUUACCAUUUUCUGUCGCAGCUUGCGCAUCGACUUAUCUUGACGAGGGCUCGCAAUAGUCUUUUUCACUUCAAUCCAACUGCUGAUUACCCACCUGAGCCUGUUGAAGAUGAACUCAUCCGUCAAUUGGAGCAAUGGCGUGAGAGGUUGCCCCCAAUGCUACAGUUCGAUCCAAAGUCACCCUUGACUCAAGCUGAGUCGCCCUCUGAUGCAAUUGUAACUGCUUGGCUGCAUGCUCGAUACUUUGUUGCAAGAUACCACAUUGGUCGGCCUCUAUUACAUCGAGCCCUAGAAAGACCCUCGUCAUUGACUGAAGGACAUCUACGCAAAUGUCGCGAUGCCACCAACGCUGUUCUUGCCUGGGCAUCGGUCAUUCAAGUGACCGACACCAUGAGAAGCUGCAACCCUCUCAAGUUCUUUGUCUGCUGCCAGUAA